AUGUGACGUUUUUGUGUUGGUUGGAUCUGGAAUUGUUGCAAAUGGAAAAUGGCGUUUGUGUUGUAUUGAAGAGCUGUAAACAUACGUACUGCUUUGUGUAUAAAUGAACUUAACUGUUGUGGAUUGAAAAGUUUUUAUUUUUCAUUUGUUAGUGAUAUUAUAACGUGGACUAAUGAGUUUACUGACCGAUGUCUGCCGUGGCUCCCACUAUCCCCGGGGCUGACCCAGCAAAGGAUAUACAAAAACGCCGUGCUGGCAGUGUUGGGUCAGAUGAAGACGACGCAAGUGGAGGGAAAUAUACAAGGAUGGAGGAGGAUAACAUUCAGGAUAAGGAAAGAUUUGCAAGUCGCGAGAACCACUGCGAAAUUGAACGUCGCCGAAGAAACAAGAUGACGGCGUACAUCACGGAACUAUCUGAUAUGGUUCCAACAUGCUCGGCCCUCGCGCGGAAACCAGACAAACUCACGAUACUGCGUAUGGCAGUAGCGCACAUGAAAGCCUUAAGAGGUACUGGUAAUACUUCAACAGACGGCACGUACAAACCAUCCUUCCUAACUGAUCAGGAAUUAAAACAUUUAAUCCUUGAAGCGGCUGAUGGGUUUUUAUUUGUUGUCAGCUGCGAUACUGGACGUAUUAUCUAUGUCAGUGACAGUAUAGCACCAGUUUUGAACUACUCGCAGGGUGAAUGGUACUCAUCAUGCUUAUAUGAUCAAGUACAUCCAGAUGAUGUGGAAAAAGUUAGAGAACAAUUAAGCACACAAGAACCUCAAAACACAGGUCGUAUCUUGGAUCUUAAAACAGGGACAGUAAAGAAAGAAGGUCACCAAUCAUCCAUGCGUCAAGUCAUGGGCUCCCGGCGUGGUUUCAUAUGUCGAAUGCGCGUCGGUGGAUCUGCAGAGGGUGCACAUCUCGGAAGACUGCGUGCAAGAAACUCAUUAGGCCCUUCGCAUGAUGGCCAUAAUUACGCCGUUGUACAUUGCACCGGAUAUAUUAAAAAUUGGCCUCCUACAGGUAUGCAGAUGGAUCGUCCUAUUCAGGAAGAGCUUGACACAUCCCAUUGUUGCCUAGUUGCUAUCGGAAGACUUCAGGUCACAUCAACGCCUAACUCCUCUGAGAACAGUUUAUGUAGCGGCGGAGUGGAGUUUGUGUCGCGGCAUUCGGUGGACGGUCGAUUCACUUUCGCCGAUCAACGCGCCACACAGGUGGUCGGGUACGCACCGGCCGAUCUGUUGGGCAAACUUUGUUACGAGUUCUAUCAUCCAGAGGACCAACAGCACAUGAGAGAUAACUUUGACCAAGUAUUGAAAUUGAAAGGCCAAAUUAUUUCACUCAUGUACCGAUUUCGCACCAAGAGCAGAGAGUGGGUUUGGUUAAGAACUUCAGCGUUCGCAUUUUUAAACCCUUACAAUGAUGACGUAGAGUACAUCGUCUGCACCAACACUUUAGCGAAUCGGUCGUUAGGCAGUACAACAGGCGAAGCUGCCCCGGAAGAGAAUUACGAUUACCACUUACGCCACAGAGACGUGUAUCAAGCCCAAGCACCUAAUCUGCACCAACAGCACCAUGCGCCACCAGGUCCCGUGGCUCCAAUAGCGUUUGGUUUGCCAGUGAGCGGCGGCGGCGGCAGCGCGCGGUCGCCGGGCGAGGCGGGCGCGGCGGCGGCGCCGGCCUACGCGCCGCACUACGCGCCCGAGUACUCGCCGCACCGCCCCGCCAACACUCCGCCGCACACCACCUGGACCACGCUGCGCACCAGCGGCGGCGGCGGCGCGGGCGAGAGCUACGCGUACAGCGGCGAGGCGGCGGGAGCGGCGGCCGCGGACGCGUCCCCCGCGCGCUCGCCGCCCGCGCCCGCCUACCUGCCACCAGCCGCGCACUACCACCACAACCACCACCCGCACCCCUCGCACGGCAUGUGGUCGUGGCAGACGGGCGCAGGCGCGGCGGCGGGCGCGGCCGGCGCCGAGGGAGCGCACGCGCCGCACGAGCUCUCCGACAUGCUGCAGAUAUUGGACCAGAGCGGAACUGCUACCUUCGAAGACCUUAACAUUAAUAUGUUCAACUCGAACUUUGAGUAAUCUAACUCAGAAUGUAUGUACCUCAUUUGAUUCGUGAAAUUUUGAAAGAGAAAAUAUUAUUGCGCAACAUAAAGUACAUAUACAUGCAAUGGCAUUCAAAUGAAAGAAAGAAAGAAAGAAAGAAAAAUAUUUUUAUUGGCACAAUACAUACACAGUAUAUAACAUAAAUUAACAGUAAAAUAAAAGUAUCACCGAAAACAAUUCAGAUAAAAAAUAAAUAAAAAAUAAUAAUAAAAUAGGCUCAACAUUUAAAAAUAUAAUAAUAAAAAUUGUGCCAACAAGGUCACAGCUCAGCAUAUUGUCAAGUGACCACACUGUACAACAGUACUGGCCACCCGACGCUGGUUUUCAGCUGCAACCCACGAGUGUCGUACGCUCGAAAUUAUUAAAAUCUACUGCUACCGAUACCGUCUUAAAAUUCACUCCUUAUUCCAAGAUUAAUAAUAGUUAGUAAAUACAUAUUAUAGAUAUUAUUAUAUAAUGAUUAGUGUGUGUGUCAGUGAGUGUGAGUGUACCUAGUGUUUUAUAGUUUUACACGUGCAGAAAGGACAAAAAUAAGACAAUAUAAGCCACAACAAACAGCAGCCAUACGAAGCCUGUAAAGGUUAUAUGGGAGAAGAGGUUAUACAGACAUUUUCAUAUCGUUUUUGAUGCAGUAGUAGAAAUUCUUUUAAUUUCACCUUAAAAGUCACACUGCUUUUUGCUUUUUUAAUGGGGGGUGGAAUAUUAUUCCAACACUUUGUUGCUGCAUAGCGAAAACUCCCCCUGAAUGCUGCGGUCCUGUGUCUCGGGAUAGAAAGUUGUGGAACACAAUUCCUUCGUACUCUGCCAGUGUAACCAUGUGUCCAUUCAAGCUUAUCAUACAGAUAUAGGGGUGUGCGUGAAUGUAUGACACUAAACAUUAAGCUGGCUAAGUGCAGUUUUCGUCGUGCAUUCAUUUUUAACAAGUUGCGUUUAUUAAAAAAUGGAGUAACGUGACUUCUAAAUGGUAUGUUGAAACAAAAUCGCGCACAUGCAUUUUGAAGUCUCUGUAUCAUACGUUCCGUUUUGGAUAGUAAGCGCGGGCCAUACACAGAAUCAACAUAAUUGAGCUUAGAUAAAAUCAAAGACUCAACAAGUAAAAUACGCAAAUCUUCAGACAGAUAGGGACGCGCUUUGUAAAUCACUUUUAGCCUGUAGAAACAAUUUUGGAUUGCCUCAGUGACAUGUUUCUCAAAACGAAGGUCCGCGUCCAUAAUCAGACCCAGAUUACGUGCCUCAUAAACACGAUCUAUAGGUUCUCCCAUUACUCUUAUGCAGAAAGUGGCGGCGUUAAUUGCGCUUAGCUGGGUAUUAGUACCAAAAAGCAUGUACUUAGUUUUUUGUGGGUUUAAGACCAAGGAAUUGCGCUUGGACCAAUUUACAAUUCGCUCCAGGUCAUCAUGCAGGUCUUUCAGUGCUCUUUCGUACUCAUGGGGUUUAAAGGAGAUGUAAAUUUGAGUAUCAUCCGCGUAAAUGUGGUAACUACAUUUUUUUAUAUUCGUCGUUAUGUCAGCGCAAUACAAAUUAAAUAAUAUAGGUCCGAGUACGGAACCUUGCGGCACGCCUCUACUAACCGAACGAUAAGAAGAAACAUCUAUGGAACCGUCUGUAUGUCGUAUUUCUACGAACUGAGUGCGUCUGUUAAGGUAGCUAUCGAACCAUUUUACUGUGUCCACGUCAAAGCCAUAAAAAGUCAUUUUAGAUAGUAAAAGAGGAAUAUUAAUACAGUCAAAAGCACGGGAAAAGUCCAACAAAACCAACAGUGCGUUAUGUUACAUUUCCCGAAUUGCAAGAAAGUAAGACAAGCGCGUCAGCCUAUUAAAUCUCAAUAUUUCGGUUGUAGAGUCAUAGAUUCAGAAUAGCUGUCUAUACAUACGUAGUUAGGUAGGGUAAGAACUUAUUUUCUCAGAUAUUCGUACUACAAAGUAUAGUACCUACCUAUUAUAAAUUCGUGACAUAAUUUUGAUACAAUAAAAUAAUAAUUCGAAGCCACUUCAUUUAAAUGAAGUUCGUUAACAAUACUGUAAGGACGAAUCAGUUCUUAAAUAAGCGGUGCCUACAUAGAACAUAGACUCCCAGGUAUAUACUAUUAUUAGGGCUUAACACGAGUGUCGUGUUCGGUAUAAAAACCUAGCGUGUCAAAAUCUUGUGGGUAUCACAAUUGAAGUAAAAUCAAUUGCAAAUCAGUCUGUGUACCCCUCUGCGUGGUGAUGAUUAGAUUACACCUAGAGAUAUCACUGUUAUCUAUCCAGGUAUAUUCUUGCACAAAUUGUUACAAAAAUGGAAGGGUCCAUUCUUACGAAAUCCUUUCGCAUACUCUUAAAUCAUUGACGUGCAAAAAUAAUGAAAGGGUUAAUUUUCAUAAACGGGCGUUUUCGUAGUGCUCAACAUAACGCGCAAAGCUACAUAUUAAGUAUGUGUGCCUUUAACGAGCCGGAGUGGCGUGACGUGCAAUCAUUGCGAUAAAACGUUAAAUAUCUUAAUUGGCAGGUAGAGUGGAUUCUUGGUUUCGUGAGGAGACAACGCCACUUCUGACCGACACAGGUGUUUGGAACCACUUAAUUAGUUUUGUAACUUGUAGUAUUAUGAGAUAAUUCAUUAUUUUUAAUUUAGUUUAAUGAUGUUUUUCUUAUCUGGUUUCUACUGACACUUAAUCGAAAUAUUAAAUCAGUAGCUGCUGUAAAGUUAAUUCUGCAUAGCCAUUAGCUUAUUUCAAAUAUUUAGCUAGGCUAUAAUUUAAUAGAAAAAAAUACUGUGUAAAUAGUAUUCUUUGGCAGCUACCGAGUUUGUUUGAACAUAGUGUUGUUAAAUGUUUUGUUAAUUCAUAUCUCUCUAUUCAGAAUUAGCUUUACUGGUACUUGAGACUUAUAGUGCAACCACGUUUACUACCAUAUUCAAAAUCGUGUCAACAAUUUCCGUUCAAAUGGUGCAUCUAGCAAAAUUAAGUUAAUAUACCCAUUUUAUAUCUUGACGUUAUUUUUAAGUUAUGAUAAGACUCAUUUGGGAAUAUAGCAUCGUAAUUAAUUAUUAUUUUUGUAGAAAAUACUGUAAUUAUGUGUUUUCGGUUGUAAGCUCCGUAAUACCAUUCCACUAUACUGUCACUAAACUUAAGGAAUCGUAUUGAUUGUUAGUGCAGAUAGCAGAAUAUACACAUAAAAUGAUAAGAUGUGAAAUACUCAAUGUAAAUGAAAUCUUUAUUUACAUUCUCAAUUAAAAAUUCGGUAAAGUUUUACGCUACGAAACCAAAGACGUGAAUGCAUUGUGAUCAUUUUGGUCGAAAUGGUUUUGCUAGUUCUAUCAUGAAGCAGUUACGGCGUUUUGUAUUUUACAAAUUUAAGGCCAGAAAUUACCAGCAGGCAGGUCCCUGGCCACGCUGUGUAGGCUAUAUAUUCAUAUAAAAUGUAUCAGAAUGUGUAAAGCAAUAAUUGUGCGAUAAAUGUUCUCGUUCGUGACAACACCUGAUUGAAGAUCCAGCUAUCAGCCCUGCUCUCUGUUAAUGAUGCCUAAUUCAUGAUUCCUGAGGUUGUUACACAACUUCUUUAAAUUAUCGAAAUUCUUAAUCAUGUAUGUUCUAUAAUUUCAUUGAUAUAUUGAAAGUAUCACUAUAAUUAAAGUGACUGUACCUGAAAACAAUAACAUUCACCGGUGUUCAUUACAUUUAAAUUCAUACAAUUAUUGCUUUAAAAUUAUCCGAAUAUCAAAAAUCUUUUUAUUAUAUUAUACCUAAUUUAAGAUAUUAAUGGAUUAUAUUUUUAUGUAAGUAAUGCAUUUACGAGUUCAUAUUUUCUUCGUAAACAAUUUUAUUACUUUUAAUUGGUUGUAUAGGUAUACUUGAAUUUUGUAAAAUGAAUUUUUCAUUAAAUACUAACGAUAUGGACAUUAA